GGAGUACAUUUCAGUGUAAGUCGAAAGUAUGGUACUUAAGGUAUGGUAUGGUACUGUAAACAAUUUCUUUCCCUCAGUGGAGUAAGAGGGGAGUUAUCACCAUGCAGAACACUGUAGGGCAACUAGGCUUUCUUGAAUCCCAGGAUUUGAGGCAUUAUAUCUGAACUGUACAAAUUGAUAUGUGAAGCUUCAUAUAAACAUUUACCUUUAAACAGACUCUGUAAAAGUGAUAUUGGUGCUACCUCAGAUUUCAAUUGGCACUCUAUUUGGUCAAAUAUUACCAUUUCAUCCAGAAAUCCAAAUCACCAAAGGAUUCACUUUGAAUUUGUCCAUCGGUCGUAUCUUACACCUCGACGAUCCAUCAAAUGAACCUUAGAACCCACUCUAUUUGUGAUUUCUGUUCAGACAAUACUUUUUGUACUUUUUUUCAUAUGAUUUGGGAAAACAUCUCAUGCAUUAUGUCUGAUUUGAUGCAGAAAGCUAUUCCUUGUUCACAGUCCUUACUAUUACUUAAUGUUACGUCUUUCUUAAAUUUAUCAAUAAGUGAUAGACGUCUCCUCUUGGCAGGGCAAACAGCUGCCAAGAGAAUGAUCGCCUGUCGCUGGAAGCCCCCACAUACACUAUCCUCUAAGGAAUGGCUUUCUUCCUACCAGGAUAUUGCACAGUUCGAGUACACCACAGCAAGAUUAUAUUUAGCUAAAAUGCCAAACAUUAACUGUUGGUUGAAUUUAAUUGGGAAAUCAAUAAUUUAUUGUAGUGGGGAAGUACAAAUGUUUUAUGUGAUUUAUUUAUUUAUUUAAUUGUUCUGUUAUAUUGUAUAGGGUUUUUUUGUUUGUUUUUGUGCUGUUUGUGUUGUAUUGUGAAUGUAUGUUCUUAAAUGGCAGAGGGUGGGGAUAAUGUGACCAAUGAGGUGGAAAUGACAAAGGGUUAAAGUGUGUAACCCUCCCAUUGAAUUCUUGCUAUCUGUAAACAAUCAAUAAAAAUUUGAUCACAAAAAAGAAAGUAUGGUACUUAAACUGAAUUGAUGCUUCCUCCAUCUCUGUUGAAGCUGCAGCAGAGCGCCCCCUGGUGGUCUGGUCACGUGCUCCGGUUGUUGACUGUCGGGAAAAUAAAAAAAAUCUGUGCAGAGCUCUGCAUCAAAGAGGUUUAACAGUUAACCGCAGAGUUACCUGUCCUCAGAGGAUCCAGAGAGCACAAAGAGACAUGAAAACCCCCGACAGACUGGUCACAGUAUGAGCUAACGAGCAGGAAGCCUCUUUUGUUCAGGUAGGAUUUAUCUCACCUGUCUGUGAGUGUCGCUGAUGCUGCUGCUAAUGCUAACACACAGCUAGUCGGCAAGGCGAGCUAGUCCGCUAACUCAUCGUUCAAAUAACUGGCCUACCAGUUAGAAAUGUUUUGUUACGUUUAAACAGGUUGAAGUGUGUCUGUAUAAUAAAAAAAAGCAUUCCCUGAAUUAAUAUUUGCAGUAAAGAUGCUGAGGUGUUAGCUUAGCUCUCUGCAGAGAUUGAGUCAGGCCGGUGCUGAUGCUGAGCUCAGUGUUAGCCAGGAGCUAACGGAGCUAAGAGAGAUCGGUGCUUUUUUUUCCUGAUUUAACAAACAAAAUAAUUGUUUCAGGAUUAAAACUUUGGAUUUAAAACAGCUUUAAGAGUCUGCUUAUUCAAAUAUUCCAGGUUUUGUUGGACCAGGUAAGUGGUUUUAUGGGAAGGAGACAAGAUUCCUGUGAUGAGUACCGGAGAUAUUUCCAGUUCAGCGGUCACUAUAUCAAUGAAAUUAUUAAAAUCCGUACAAUUAUUGAUAAUAAAAAGGAAAAAAAGGGGAGGAAUUGCAGUUUAAUGUAUUUUGAUCAAGGUUACAGUUGGGAUCUAUUAAAGUGGGGCUCAAAUUGACUGAUAAACACCAAAUAACUCUUAACUGUUGUCAGUGCCAUGGCAAAGUGAUGGUCAACCUUAAAAAUGAUGAAAAAGUGACUGAUGAAAAUACAUAUUAUCUAUUCUAUACAGCAUGUGGAAAAAAUACAAACGACUGAAUUACUGAAAAUAUGGAGAAUCUAAUUAUUUUCUGUCUAGAGCUUGUUAAAUUACUAGAAAAACCUUCCUCAUAUCUGACUAAAACAGAUGUCUUUUACUGUACGAUGUUAAAAUGCACAGUUUAGAUCAAUAACAAAAUAAAAAUCCUGCAUUUUCUCAUCUUGCAGCCAAUAAAUGUCAGCUCCAAGUAUUGGUUAUAAGUACUAUGACCUGUAAAUAAGUAGGAUCAGCAUCAGCCCUGAAAAAACAAUAAACAGCCGACUGCAAUUCUGUCACUCACUGGCCUGAGGUCUCGCUACAAAUAAGCGGCUGCUGGAAGAGAGUGGGUGAGUUGUGUUUAGUCUCUUUGCUAAAGAAAUAAGUCAAAGUUAAAAAGAUGUUUUGUACAGUUGAUGAAGUUAGAUGCUGUUCUGAGCAUUAUUUGUGGCUAUAGAGUGGCGUUUUGGUUGAGGUUUGUUUAUGGCUCCUCAGACCGCUGUGUAUUGCUAUCGUGUGGUCGUUACUAAAGUUGGUAUAACCAGAGAAGCAAGCAGUCGGCAACAUUCAUUCAUUUCUCAAGGGGGUGUCUAACUGGGUGUUACGGUGUGUUUGACCCUAAAUUAAUUUCACACCAUAGUAUCCCUUUAAAGUUCUCUCUGGUGUUUGAUUUUACAGGCAGAAACAGCGUUUGGAGUAAAUAGAAGCUUUCACAGCUUUUUGAUUUGCCAUUAGGUUUAUAUUUUGCUCCAUGGUUCCCUCCUCAACUGUAUGAAACAACAUUUCUGAGUGUGGUGUUUGAUGUGUGUUUUUGUGUUUUGGGAGGAUCAGGUGUGUGUGACACAGCAGCAGGAUGCCAAUCCCUCCCCCUCCUCCCCCACCACCAGGGGGACCCCCACCUCCCCCCACCUUCAGCCAGGUAACAUAGCACACAGUCAUACUCAUCAUCAUCUCUCUCCUGUCUCCUCGUCCUCUUCAGUUUUUCUUAGGUCUUGUCAGGCCGUAUCCAAAUCUUGAAACCUGACUGUUUUAUUUAUUUUGGACUUCCCUCAUAGUAUCUGAAGGUCUGUCUUUAACCUGAUUUCUCCCCUUAUUAACCCUCUCCCCCCAGGCCAACACCAGCCCCCCCAAGCUGAGCAGAGAGGAGGCCAAAGGGCGCGGCGCUCUCUUAUCGGACAUCUGUAAAGGCGCGCGGCUGAAGAAGGUGGCGGUGGUGAACGACCGCAGCGCUCCGAUGCUGGACAGUAAGAGCCAAACACCAAAGAGCCAAACACCCCCCACAGACCACCCAUACAUUCGCUUAUACCAAUACCUACAGAGCCAGCCCAGACAGCAGGGGGCGCCGUCCGAGGAGCCGCAGAAGACUGUGGGAGAAACGAGCUCUGCCCUGUCGCUAGAGAGUAAGACCACAAAUAUGCUGUAAUGUUAGAGGACGCCUGCAGGGGGCAGCAGGGUCGAAGCCAGCCGCCAUCUUUCUGACCACACACCACGAACACGUAUAGGCUGAUUAUUUAAUUCACUUAAACUUUAAAGAAAAGCCGCCGAUGAACUGGAACUAAAGAGAUUGGCGGCUCUAAGCUGUUUCUGAUUCAAAGCUCUGAAUCAAACCAAUAGAGUCUUAGGCCUGUUUGAGGACUGACCGCAGAGGGGGACCUAGUCAGUCCUCAAACAGGCCUAAAUAUUGGUGUUAGCAUCUGUUAGAUUAGGAGCAAUAAUUCUAUCUCCCCUCUUUAUGUAAAAUUUCUUCUUCAAGUGAAUAAAAAGAGAUUGUAAGAGACUGGCAGGGAGAAUAUUUAAAUUUCCUCGCCCCCUAAAUCAAACUCCAUCUUUUACAGACACAGAAACAUCUGGCACAUCUUACACCUUUUUACAUUUUAAACAUUUUAAAUAAAUCAGACAGACCCCCAAUCAGCUAAUCUCACUGUUUGUUCAUGUUUUCUGUUUGUUUAUGCUCCACUCUUAUCGUCUCACCACAUCUGUACUGUUUCUGUCACGACUUAUACUCUAAAAACACUGAUUGAUCUCUGCUUUAACUCUUCUUUCCCUCACCGCUGAUCCUCCUCGAGGUGGACAUGAUGAUGGUUUGCAUACUAACUUGUCCGGGUUUAGUUCUUGUUGGUUCGCUUACUCACACAGGGACACAGGAGUCUUUUUAUUAGAUAGAUUUAAAAGAAAACAUCAUCAUUAUUAAACUGUAUGAAGACACGCAGGUGACGGGGCGGCUGGUUAGAUCCUGCAGCGUCCUGCAGAGCUCCUGUUCGACUGAUUCUGUUUAUGCUGAGUCAGUUAAUUGUUUAAAGUGACGUCUUUGAUAUACUGACAGCAUGUAGCUACGCAGAGCUGCACGAAACAUCCCACAGCCCUGGUUUAUUCCAGCUCUGGAUGUAUUUUCUGUAAAUGCUUGAUAUGAAGCUGUUCUCAUUAAGUUCAUAUCUGACAUCUCUGAGCGCAGUGAUGUCCGGAAAUAGCUGGAAUAAACCACAGCUGUCUGCUAAAAGCUCACACACAGGUGUUUUCUGUUUUAUCAGACCUCUGCUCAGGUAGGAAAAAAAAACAAAGGUCUUAUCUGGGAUUAUGAGUGAACUCACCUGUGAAGGUGGCUGGGUGUGAGGGAGCUUUUAGUCAUUUUCUCUCAGUGUUCAGACACGACGUGAAUGAAAAAGUCCAAAUCAGUCUUGUCUUCAGUCCACCCGUUCACUCCUAUAGAACUGAAAGACCAAGGGGUGUACCAUGAAGCGAGCUCAACACACCCAGAGUGUCUCUGAGCAAGUCAGCUCAACAGAAAUUGAACAACAUAAAUAAAUUGAUUUUUAUGUUUUUAUGUUAUUAUUUUUUUUUUUUUUCAAAUUUAAGAAUAAAUCUCACAUGUGAUGUGUAUUUAUGGGGGAAAUCUGGUCCCUGGAAUAGUCAAUAGACAAUCAUUAUCAUUCUACUGUUUCACUGGUGUUAAAAAUGCAGACUGAAUAUCGAGAAAAUCGACAAGAAAAUCGUCGAAUCGCAAUUUAAAUUGAAUUGGCAUCCAAAAAAUCGUAGAAGAAUUAAAUCGAGAGAAAAGCAUAUCAUCCCAGCCCUAGAAGUUAGUUUUUAGGUUGGAUAUUCAACAGUGGAUCACUGUGGAUCUACCGGUGUCUUCUCACUCUCCAUAACCGAUAAUAGCAACAGCAGCGCAGUUAAACGUACUCAGCACGCUCUCUGUCAACAUCAGGUGUUGAAUAAGGGAUCGUCAAUAAAUUACCGAUUGAUGUUCUCAAAAAAGGCUUUUUUCCUUCAUUACCUUCCAUGUCAUGUGACCAAUUGACCUAAAAUUGAUUUUAGAAAAUAGUACAAGGUCAGACAAUAAGACACACCUCUUUAUUUCCCUAAUUUGUCCUCAAAAAAAUUUGUGUUAAUUUUAAAGGCAAAUUUUAAACAUUUUCUUCAAUAGCUUUCAUGUCAUGUGACCAAAAGACCUAAAAUUUAUUUCAGAUAAUAGUACUUAUGUCGUCGACCAAUAAGACAAACAUUGUUUGAUCCAUUUUUUAUUGUGCCCCUAAACUUCUUUGUGUGCUCCUUGUAAAAAAAGAGAGCGUCAAACCCUGAUGUAAACAUUUUAGUCUGACUGAUUAGUAGCUAAAGUAAAUAACUGAUAAUCUCACUUCAUGGUGCACUGCUCAGAGAGUCGUUUUUCCUCUCGGUCAUAAUCUAACACUUGGCCUCUAUUUCAGUAUCGCUGAUGCUGAACUCAGAGACACUCACAGUCUGUGUGUCUGCAGUGAGCUGGCCAACACAGCCAACUGUUUGAGCUCCCUUCACUUCCUGUCUGAACACUGUGUAAAAUAUGUGUGAGUUUUAUUUUGAAAAUCUGAUGCACAUGGUUGUAUUGACUCAUUCUGUAGCCUCUCAGCCCUGUGGUGUCAAAGGUCAUAUUUAAUGUUUUUCAACUGUCUGUCUGUCGCUCAUGUCGUGCUGUCGAUGACGUCACCGGAGCUGCGUGGGAGCGUAAACUCUUCAUUAAAUUUAACGCUCACCUUCAUCCCACUUUACCUUAGUGUUUGAUAGUCACCUGACCUCACCUGCACUCCCCCCUUCACCUCCAUCACCUCCACACAUUUAGUCAUUCAGUCUGUGAUGUCAUCCUAGUGUUAUCUUAGCGUCAGAUUAGAUUAAUUAUAUCACACCUUCUGGGGGCGGAGCUCUUAUUGACCUGUCCAAUGGUUGUGGUCCUCAGAGCCCAAAGGAGGCGGAGCAGCAACAGGGGGAGCCAAUGGAAGUGCAGCUGGAAGUCCGUCAGGUUCUGCUCCACCAAUCGGAGGGCUGUUCACGGGCGGAGUCCCCAAACUGAGACCAGUAGGAGGUGAGGAGUAACAAAAGCACAUUUAUCUCAUAUUUAUCAUUAUUUUUAAUGUUUUGAUUCAGUCAGUAAUAUUUCUUUUAGUUUGUAGAUUUUAAAUUUAAGUAGUUUUUUAAAUCAAUUGAAUUGACAUUUGUAAUUCUUAAGUUCUCUUAUUAUUUGACGAUUAUGCCACUUGUUGUUUUGAAAGACUUUCCCCCCAUAUAUCUCUCAUAUAUUUACUUCUGAUACCUCAUGAACGUUUUUUGAAAAAGCUUUACUACAUGAAUCAUAAACUUGCUUGUUUAUUUUAAAAAUAUCCCUUUAAAGGUGGGGUAGGCAGGAUCUGAGGAAGUGCCAGUUUUUGGGAGAAAUCUUAAACAUAAACUCUACCCCUCCCAACUAGUUUUCUCCUCAGCUCCUCCUCUCCCCUCCCUCUCUGCUCCAGCAAGCCCCGCCCACAAACAGACGCUCCUGCUCGUUCGUAUCAUUCCAACUAAAUUCAGAUAUAAUGCAGAUAAAUACUUCAGAUAAUUACAAAUGGAGCCCAGUCAACAUGGUGCUACUGUAGAUGCCAACAGACUACCAGCAAACACAAAGUUUACAGGACUUCUACAACUAGGAUAAAGUGACAUAGUCCAGGACCCGAGGUAAACAGUUUAGCGGCGCUACAACACGCAGCAGGUCCUGUUUGACAAGAAACACUUCUGUUACAGACACUUGGCUUACUUUGUUAAAGUGGUUUACCUGUCCAGCAGAAAGGUUACAGGGUCCGUAGGAUCCCGAAGCGUCCCCCAUCAUUGUUGACCUGGCUUCUUAGCUCUUGUCCGGUCUACCUCCUUUUUUUAGCGCCGUUAUUCCACCAGAGUCUCCGAUAUUUACUUUGUUUUCUUGCUUGUGUUAGCAAUCGUGGCCAAAGGAGGAUUCAGAAAAUUUUCUGUUCUUUCUGGUUAGUUUCUACUGUCCAAUAUUGUAGCACGCUAACUUUGAUUGGGCUCCUGAACGAUACGGGGGAGCAGCGUCCGCCUCACAACCAAUCAGGUUGGGGGAGGCGGGGAAUGGCUUUGUUUACAGUCAGAAAGAAUGGAGCACUUUGAAAUUUUAAAAUGUUGACCACACAGACAUAACAAAACACAGCGAUAUUGUUAUAUUGCCAGAUGUCAUCAAUGACUGAUAUUAAAAGCUUUUUUGUAUAUACACCACAAAAAAAGAUGCUUCUUUAACGGAUCUCUGCCUACCCCACCUUUAAAUGUCAUAUAAUUACAAAUAAAUGUCAUCUCCUGUGACCUUUAAUGACCUCUUGUUUCUCUCAGACGGGUCUUCUGGUCGUUCUCCCUCCACUCGGGCUGCAGCGCCACGCCCACCAAGCCAUCGCCAUGAUGACACAGACAGCCCCUCCCCUCAGGCACUGUCGCCAAUGGAGACAAGUCGUUCCCAGCGUCCGUCUCUGCCAAACCUGUCCUCCUCUCCCUCCCCCUCCUCUCCAUCCUCUGCUGCUUCCUCCCCCUCAGCCAGCAUGAAGCACUCCUCCUCCGCCCCACCUCCACCUCCUCCUCUCUGUCGGCGUGGAAACGCCCCCUCCCCGCCCUCAUCCUCCGCUUACAACAGGGAGAAGCCCCUCCCCCCAACACCCAACAACACCCCGCCCUUGCCCUCCAAACCCCCUCCAUCACCUGGAAACAGCAGACGCCCUCCCACCUCAGGUGGAAACCCCGCCUCCUCCUCUUCUUCCUCCACAUUGGCCCCACCCCCUCCGCCUUACAGGGUCAGUAAUGGUCCCACAGGUGGAGAAGUGGCCCCUGAUCUGCCACAGCGUCACAACUCCCUCAGCAACAAGAGGACUGCCCCCUCACCUGGAGGCCACACCCCCACCAGAGGGCCUGCCCCUCCACCUCCCCCUGCCUCACCCACUCCCUCUCAACAGGGCACCAACAGGCCACCACCCCCCCACAGAGAGGCGCCCGGUAGAGGAGCAGGUGAGGCGUCAGUGAGAACAGUUAAUUCAAAGAUCUGAAGAGUUGAUUGACCUCAGCUAAUCGUUUGUGUGAAUCUCUGUCCUCAGCUCCACCUGUUCCCGCCCAGUCUGCAGCACCUGCGAGGGCGGGGGGCAGAGAAGCGCCGCUCCCCCCUCCUUAUAGGACACACGGUAGCCCCUCCCUCUCCUCUGAUCCUCCUGUCAGAGGGAAACCUCCUCCCCCACCGACCCGAACCCCUGCUGCUCCUCCCCCGCCUCCCCCUCCUAUCCGCAACGGACACUCCACCUCCUCCACCACACCCUCCUCCAUCCCUCGCUCAUUUGUGGGUGAGUGCUGCCCUUCAUUCACCUCCAAUCAGAGACAGAGUCAAGAGUCAGUAAACAACAUCUUACUUUAAGUUUCAAACCUGCUCAUAAUAAGCGAGUCACAAAUGUUUUUCAGCCUGCCAACUUGAAAACAAAAUAGAUGUAACUAUAAAUGCAGCUGUUUUCAGUCAGUUCACAGAUUAUUAAGAUCUAAGGACUGUAAAUUACUGAAGAGAGUAAAGUAGAGUUAAUACAGUUAGUAGAUCAAGCUCUGAUGUAGGAGUUCAGAUUGAUCAUUGAUCCGUAUUUUGAUCGAUUUCCUCUUCUGUUUCAUGUUUUUCCUUCAUCAGUCUCCUCUUUGUCCUUAUUUUUCCUUUUCUCUCUCCUCCUCUGAGUCAGUUUGUUUUAGCAGAAAAAUAAAGAGAGAAUUAUAUUGAUCAGUUGUCUUUCUUUCUCCCUCUGCAGAUGAUUUUGAGUCCAAGUAUUCGUUCCACCCACUGGACGACUUCCCUCCUCCUGACGAGUACAGACACUUCACGAAGAUCUACCCGAGCAAGGCCAACAGAGGUACACACAGAAACAGUACACCUGUAUUCUCAGGCUCCUCGGUGGUGGUUCCUUACAAAGUUUGACCACUUAAAUACUCAACUCAGCUGAGCUCACUUCCACAUGAAUCAUGUUUUCAUCUAUUUCAAGAGCAGAAACUGUAUAUUCUAGAGAUGAGGAGCAAGAAAAAUGAGAAGAAAUUGAAGGAGUUGAACCUUUUUUCCUCUGUUUUUAUUGAGUCACCAGUAUUUUGGUAUGAAAACCAACAAUAUGUGUUAAUAUUGUUUUAAAUUCUGAAGUGUUAUUGAGGUGUUUGGCUUAUUUUUGUCAUUAUCGUGUUUUUAUUCUCCCAGAACUACAAUCAGAGUAAAGACACUUUUAAGAACCGGCGUCCAUGAUCAAAACCACAACUGAUAAAUCAGAGAUUCAUACCCUCAUAUCCGUAUUUAUUUUUGCAGGAGUUCAUUAUCUGACUUAUAAGCCCCCUCCUGUUGGUGAGACAUCAGAGAAAAAUAUCCACCACCUUAAGACCUGAACCCUGUCUGAGACACGCCUCUGAAAUCCUGAGGGCAACUUUAAGAAGGGCCCCCAGAUCCUGAGGUUUUCUGAGGUGUUGAGGUUUACAAAAAAGCUGAGAUCUCCGCCUCUGUAGCAGAUAGAAACAAAAAAAGAAUUUGAGAGCUUAUACAUGUGGCUUUCAAGAUAACUCUCUUUUAUUUUAACCUUCAUCACAUUUUUGAAAACCUUGAACAAACAAACUCAAAUGAAAUAAAGUGUCUGUAUAAAUAAAAGUCAAGGCUCUGCACUGGAGAAUGACAAACUGUUUGCUUUCUAUAAAACAAGUGGCAGUCAUGAUGAAAGGUUAUACAGCUGCCAUAGUAUAGUGCCAGUACAAAAGCAGCACUAAAAACUGAAAACUAAAAAUGAAUAAAUAAAUACGUGGCUGACAGUUUGUUUAUGUCACCUAAAGUCAUGCAACACUUAGAGAAAACACCGAUAGUAUGAACCAAAGACCUCAGUAUGAAGAGGUUGUUCACACUGCUGGAUGUUUCUCCUCCAAAGCUGCUCUCUGCCUCCGUCAUUUUUUACUUUACUCAUGAGGCAUGUAGCAAGAUCCGAGCAUGAAUCCGACCGCUUUAUUCGCCUAUCAGAGGCAGACGGGUAUGAUGAUUUGAAAUGAUUGAAGAACUACAGAAUGUUACAAAAUGACGUAUCCGCGCUCCCGGCUUAAAGGGUAGAAAUGCGCAGUGGCGCCGCCGGCUUGGAAGGUUGAAAUGCGUACAUGCUGUCCCAGUUUAAAUGGGAUCUAGGUGUCGAAGUACGACUUUUAAUCAGGUGUAAACAAUCAAGAUAACCAGCUGAUUCUGUGUUUGUUUGUUUUCCUGCAGUGAUGAGAGGAGCCCCACCACUGCCACCUGUCGGCAGGUGAACCAUGACGACAAUUUCCCAGCUGGACUUCAUGCACACACACACACAUACACACACACACACGCAUACAUCCCUCCAUCCUGCGUCCAGCUUUGUCGACAGUAUUGCCUCCAUUUCUGCCUCAUCUAUGCUCAUGGCUGAUUGACUGAGGAGAGCUCUGAUCUGAUUGGCUGAUGCAGCAGGACAGUGUUAGACUGAUCAGGACACUGUGCAGAGUGCUCAGAGGGUUGAUGAUGAUGAUGAUGAUGAAGAUGAAGAGGCGGUUCCUGCUCUGCGAGUUUCUUUCAGCUUCUUCCUUUCAUGACUCAGAGCUGCAGUUUUUGUUUAGGUUAGUUUUAUCUUUUUUUUUUGCACUCGCACUUUUUGUUCGAAGCAGCUGCUCCACCUGUGAGCCGCUCUGAAGGUGAAGAUGAACUAUGUGGAGCUGGAAGCUGCUGCAGGGACUCCUUAGACUCUGGUGGAGAUAAAAUAACUUUAACACUGAGAGCGUAAUGAGCUGAGUCUGUAUACUGAACAUAACGGUUCAACAUUUUUUUGAGAAGAAAGAAACAGAUUUUUAGUUUCUUGUAAAGAGUCAAAAGGACGGCGACCAGCUAAUGUUGGUUUUAAAAAUGUGGAGAUUAUUUUUCCUAAUGUUGAGUUUCUCCUCUUCCUUUUUUUAUUGGUGUUUGAAGACAUGAACUUCUCUUUUCUUGAAAUUCGUUGUUGUUUAAUUGCAGCAGAAAACUUUUAUUUUGACGUACAUUCAUGUUUUCUUUAAUCAGUGAGGAUGUAACAAAUAGAGCAUUUCUUUAAAUUUUAUAGAUUUAAAAGCAUUUAUUCAACAUCUUUGAUUGAUUAUUCAUCCUGACCAAUGAGGAUUUCUUUGUCAUUUUUUACACAGAAAUUUAACCCAAAAUUUAAUCAGUUCUUCUACAAAUGAUCACAUUUUAAAACGUCAGAGGGAAUAACUCCAGUAAACUGAAGCAAAUAUCAGUCCUGAUCAAAACUUCGUCUCCAUUUGAAAAUAAAAUAUCUGAAUUCUCUUGAUAAAUAUAUAAUACUAAAUAUAGAAAUCAAAGGAUUCACUCAGCAACAACAUUGAUGUUUAUUUUGGCAAGUGAAAAUGUACUCUGCACACUCCUGUUUAUCAGAUAUUUAAAUUUUAUUUCUUACUUUAAAUUUAAUCUUGAGUGUGUCAGGAAACAAUUAAUUCACCUGUUGCUGGAUUUUAUGUAAAGCUAUUUAAGUAAGCCGUCAAUCAUGGUGUUAUACCUGCCCUUUAGCAUCAAUUAACCAAUUCAAACCAAACUUAUAGGAACAUUUAAAUUCGGGUAAAAAAUCAGGGAGAAUCAAUUUAAAUAACAAAGCACUAUAAAGACAAGUGUAUCCGUCCUAUCUUUAAAAAAGGAUGAAAUGAGAUUUAUGACAUUCUGCAGGGGGAAGCAUUAGAUAUUUGGCUUCAUUUUUGGGAGUUGUCAUGUUGUCCAUUUAUUCAGGCUAUGCAACUUUUAAAUUAAUGCAACACAAGCAAGUAGAAAGAGAAAACAGUAAAAUAUUGAACUGUUUUCUUGAUGUUUAUGAUCCAGAUUUCCUCAUAAACCACAAAAACCAGCACAUACAGGUCAGCUCCCAUUGAGGGCUGAAACUGUCUAGAUUUAAAUCAGGAUCUAGAUUUAGGAAUAUAAACAGGCAUGGAUGAAGAUGUCUUCAGGAAAUGUUGAACUGUUCAAAUGUUCAUGAUUCAGACAUCCUCAUAAACUGCAACGACCAACACACCGACAUCAGCUCCUUCUGACAGCAGUAUCUGGAGAUCUUGACGCACUUAAGGGCCUCCUGGAUCCAGAAGUCUCCAGGUCCAGAAAGUUCCAGAGGAAGCACUCUGAACAAACAUGGAGGACUAACAGUUUACAGACAGACGGCGCAGUGUGUGUCACACCUGUAAAUAUUAACGCUCACCUGCUUCAUAUCAGCUGUCAUUCCUUCAAGACGGGACCUGAUGUGACCUCCGGCAGAGACACUGAUCAGUUUCUGAGGACGUCUUCUGAGUCUUUAAGUGCCAACACGCACAACGUCACCUGACCCCCUGACUCCGCCCCCCUGUUGCAGGUCUGAGCAGGUCAUACCAAUGUUGGUGUAAUGUGGUUGGGGGUGGCGGGACAGACAAUCAGUCGCGCAGGAAGUCUUCUGUCUGCAGCAAGGACACUUAUAUCCUACCUUUUCUCCCAAUUUUGUUCCCUCUUACCUUAACUCCUCUGUUCAGUCUUUGCUCCUUCCUCCCUUCCUUUUGUUCCUCCUCUUUUGCUUUCCUCUUUCUUUCCUUCUUUCUCCUUUCAUUUUGUCUUUCUUUUCCUUUCUCCAAUUGCCCUUCCCCUCCUUUCCUUCAUCCUUUCUUUACUCCAUACUGUCCUUUCUUUCUUGUUUCACGUCAUCCUUGAGUGUUUUAUGUUUGUGACGCUGAGGCCUCCAUAUCCUUAGUGUUUCCUCUGAUGAGAGGAAAUCCAAGUUACUGUUAGGACGCGACAAUGUAAACCAUUUUUGUGUGGACAAAAUUAUGAUUAAUGUUCAAAAAGUAAUGUGUUCCCUCCAGAGGAUAGUCGUUUAUCACAAGUUUAUUAAAUUGUGCGCUCAGGAUAAGCUGUUUCAGAAAGAUGAAACCAUUACCACAAGAAAAUUACACUGUGCAGUCUUUAAACCUUGGGGAUAAAACAACAUUGUCUGCAUAAAGGAACACUUAAUGCUCAAUAAUGAACUUCCUCCUACUGUCCCAGUAUCAUCUUUACAACUCAGAAUGAACCUGAGUGGAAAAAAAUGAUUCGAAAAACUCGCUGUCUCAGUGCCACAUGACAUAAUUCCUCCUCUUCUUCUGUGGUCAGAUUCUAGUUUUUCAUUGUCUUCGUUUGAGGUCGUGACUGAGCUCGUUCUUGUUUUUCAGGAUGAACGGAUCAUUUUAGUUUGAAGGUGUGUGACGUGAUUAACAGCCUCAUUGAUGUGAUUAUAAAAUGACGUGACCAGGAGCUUCAGUCGCAGUUUAACAUGAAUCACAUAGAGCACUGUAACGGCAUUUACCUCCAGCCUCUAUUCUCUCAGUCAUAUUUAACAGUUUCUUCUAAAUAAGUGACAAUUUUUAUGCACAGAUUCUUCAAAAUAGGUUUUUUUUUUCUGUUACCAUUUCUUGCAAAAAGUCAAAAUGAUCAUAUUUGUCUUAAUGAUACAUGCAUGUUUCUUUAUUUAUAACAGAACACUAAAUUAGCAACAUUUUGAAUGGGGUUUGGUUUAGAAUCAUCAAAAUGCAUAGUGAUGCUUUCCAUCUUAUGAAAAUGUAUUCCAGUGUCAUUCAUAAGAGUUUAACCUAAGGCUAAAAUCUUGAAGAACUAAUAAUGCAUCUUGCAUUCAUGAUUUUCGUUUCAUAGAAAAAAAAAUGUUGAAUGACUGAAACUCCCACCUUGGCCUUUGAAUUUUGUGUAUUUUUUUCUGAACUUCAGUUUAGAAUAAAUAAUAUUAUUUAGAAAGCUUCUGUCCAAUUUUAGACUGACUGUUUUGAGUGUUUCUGUUUGUAAAACAUUGAUCAAGUUCAGAAUUAUGUUCGCUGUGAACUGAGAAUUCAAAAAACUAAUCAAUUUAUUUGCUGUUUCCCAUCAAACCUCAUUCAAAAAUCUGUUAAUUUAACAUCUUUAUUCUAAGCAGAAAACCUACACCUGCAGCUCAGAGUAAAAGUUUGAUGUACAGGUGAAAAUGUCGGUACAUUUUUUUUCGGCACAUUGUUAACUGUGACAUGAAGCCCCGCUCCUUCCUGUUUGCCUUACAAACUGUUUGCUGUAAACUUCAGUGGUAAACUGUAAAAAGAAGCUAACAUGUUAAUAAUGUUUAAAGUGACUUAUUAGGAGGACAGAUGUCGUUCUAACCAUAGUGAUAAUUGUAGCUUUAGACUCAAACUGGGACCGCUGGUUUGGUAGAGUCCCAGGUUAACAGCAUGCUCUCUAACUGCUCUCUGUACUCUGACUGCAGCAGAAAUAAACGCUCAAACAGGU